ACAACACAAAUCUGAAAUCUGGUAGAGGGCGGUUUUAUUUUCAAGGUCGUCGCGCGUAAUCUUGAUUCACGAGCCCAAGUUCUUUCGAAAUUCUGAGCGGUUGACGGUUAUUUUCAAGAUGGAUCUUACUCUGGACGAUCUAGUUCAAGAUUCCGAGAAGUUACUUAUGGAUGUACAAGAAGAUAAUGAUCUGCCACAUAUCACUAGAAGCUUGGACCAACUGCGUCACUUAGGGGAAAAACUUUAUUUGUCCAGAGGAUCUAACAGUGAUGUUAAAGCUGCUCGCCUUUUGGGGCCAAAAAUGAGCUACGAGCUGCCUCAAAAUCUGACUGCGAAGUUAGAAAAUUUGGUUCCAGCCGAUGUAUACGACAUGUGUCCCGUCGUACCCAAGACUGAUAUCCAGUCAUUCUUGAGAUCAGAGAGAGAUAAUGCAUUACUAACCGCAGUCCUUAUGACCCGAAAGUCGAUGUUUAAAGAAGUUGAAGAGCGCUGUGAUGCUUAUUUACAAACUUGGUGGGAACAAGAAGCUGCUGGAGUGUUAAGUGGUCUAUCGGGUUCAAAUGGGCCUCUGGAUACAGAACUCACCUUCGUACCUGAUUUAGAAAGUUAUAGUCACUCCGAAUCGGGGAGCGGAAUGCAAACUAUGCAGUUAACUCGGGAUGAACUGCUUUACGCAAACAAAUUGGAUUACUACCUUACAAUGCGUCUCACAUCUACCGAUUUCACACCUAUUCAAAAUAGAGUUCCUCGUGACUUACUAACCUAUAUGUCACGAGCUCAAGAUUCCGUUUCCCACGAAAAGCAGUUAAAAACGCAGCUUAAAAAUUCUCAUUCCGAUAUCAUGGAGAUGUGGACCUUCAUGAGGACAAUUUCUUAUCAUAUGCAUAAUGAGCAUGGUAGUAUGUUAUCAUAUAACCAUCCACUGGAAGUUCGAGCGUCUAUAUCUGUACAAAAUACUUUAUCACUGUGUUCUUUACAACAUUUAGAAUCUGAGUUUCUAGAGUUUUUAAAAAUAACGGUUGCCAACCAGCCUCGAUUAGCUCGACUUGGUGGACGUCCAGGGACCCGAUCAUUAGUGCGUGCAUAUCUAAGUCUUCGUCUACCCUUUGACAACGUAGCAGAUGUUUCAUCUCUGAGCAACCUCUAUCAAUUGUCUGAACAAAACGGCUGGAAAUUUGAUGAUGGUCUUGUAGAUGGUGUUCCUGUGUGGCCAAUGAUUUUUUACUGCCUUCGCACGGGAGAUACUCAAGUUACUUUGGAAGUCGCACGUGAUGCCUUAAACAACUUAGGAAACUUUGUAACGGUGCUAGAGGAUUACGUAAAUCAUAGUCGUCGUCUCAGAACUCCCAACCAAGCAAGAUUUCGUCAGACAUGCAAACAAGUGAUCAAGUCUACUCGUGAUCCAUAUAAACGAAUAACAUAUUCCAUUCUUGGCCAAUGUGACCUUACCGAAAAUCAUUCGGACAUUAUUUCAAAUAUAGAUGACUUUUUAUGGAUAAAGAUAUCUCAAGUUAUUGCUCAAGAGCCCUCAGAGUCGGUGGUUACAUCAAAAAUUAGUAUGGAUGAUACUUUUACUUUAGGUCAAUUGCAAACUCUACUAUAUGAAACCUAUGGUGAGGUGCAUUUUGACGCAUGGUCUCAACCACUGGUGUUUUUUAAAAUUCUUUGUCUUACUCAACAGUAUGAAGCUGCUAUUGGAUUUCUCGCUCGGUUUGAACAACUACGAUGCCAUGCUGUUCAUAUCGCUUUAGUUCUAAGAGACUUACAUAUGCUUUUACUUCCUAACUGGCUCCACUCGCCACUUGUGGUUCGUAAUGAUUACGAUCCUACAGGGUUUCGCAGGCUUAAUUUGGCUCGUUUAAUUAUGUUGUAUACGCGGAAAUUUGAAUUCACCGAUCCAGAAAAAGCCCUGAUGUAUUAUUACAUGCUUUCUGACAUCCCAAUUACUACUGAAAAAUCACCUGAAGAGGAUUCUGAUGAAACCAUUCCAAUUGCUUUAUACAAUACGUCUCUUGAACAUUCGACCGCUAAAAGUCAAAAUUUGUUCGUCCAAUGUGUUUGUGAAUUGGCUUUAGCAAACAAGGAGUUAGAUUUACUAUUGGGAUGUGUUGGUGAAAACGAUAUUCGCAAACCUGGUGCUAUCGACCGCUUUUGCAGGUCUGCAGAAUCCCGUCGAGAGUUGAUUCGUACUGUUGCUGAUGUUUUUGAGUCCACUGGUCAAGUAGUUGAAGCCAUUCAUUUAUAUUUACUAGCUUCUUCCUGUGGAGAUCCUAAACCUGACAUUUUAGUUUCUGUUACUUUAAUAAAUACUGUACUAUCGAGUGUGAUAGUAACAUCAGAUUUUGGAGCAACACCAAUUACGCAAUCCCGGUCCGGAGGACAAUUGGAUCGUAGUUCACUUCUGAGACUUGCGACAGAGAUUGCUCACAAAGUCCGCCGAUUAGGCUUAUCAUCAGAUGAUAGUGAUUAUCCUGUCCAAAAUGACGUAGAAUCAAGUGCGACUGGAUCUACCUCGGCUAUAAAAAUAUUAUUUUAUCUCCUCGAUUUGGCCUCGUUCUUCGACUUAGUUGAUGCAGAAAGAUGGCAAGCUGCUAUUGACCAUAUAGAUCAGUUGGGUUUAUUCCCAAUUAAUUCGCAAGCUUCCAAUGUAGAAUUUUGUGCGACGCUAUUCUCACAACUCCCAGAUCUUGUACGCCGUCCUCUCCCGUGGGCAUUAUAUGCUUUAAUGCGUUGCUUAUCAGCGAAGUGUGGUCGGGUUACAUCUGUCACAAGCAAUGGAACACGAAUGGAUAGCACUUCAAAAAUGGCUACUUCUGAAAUCCGUGCCAGAGCGAAGGCUUUGAUAGCAUAUGUUGGUCGUAUUCCGCACAGACUACCAAGUGAAAUUUAUGCCGGACUUACUAAGAUGGAUAUGGAGAUAAUAUAAUUUGCUACUGAAAUCCUAAUGCUUUCGAACAAUCAACUAUUAGUAUUAUGUACAUUGCCUGUACUUUGUGUAUGCCUUUUUUACAAUAAAUUAAUGAAUAAUGUUACUAUCGUUUAUUGUAGACUGUCUCCACUAUUUUGUAAUUAAUCUUUGUGUGACUUCACUACCGAAUACACUUUUUGAACGAUCACAAUGCAAACUUUCAGCAU